GGGAAAAGGGGGGCAUUUUGAUUAAUGUAUACAACUGCAACAGUUACAUUCUCCGCUGUCACAUUCUUUCUUUCACUUCAUCACAUUUAUUUAUUAUCUCUUCUUCCUCUUCCACUUGCUCAUUAAGCAAAAUCCAACAAAAAGCUGAAACACAAUAAUGCAGGAGGUAAGAACAGUAAGAGUAGGUAAUGUAUCAGAUCUGGCAGGGGAGAGAGAAGUUCGCGAGUUCUUCUCAUUUUCCGGUGAGAUUGAGCAUAUUGAGAUUCGACGAGAUAAAGGACAAUCCAAGACUGCCUAUGUUACAUUUAAGCAUCCCAAAGCCCUUGAAAUUGCUUUGCUCUUGUCGGGAGCAACCAUAGUGGAUCAGAUUGUAAAUAUUACUCAGGCAGAAGACUAUGUUCCAUCAUCUGAGACUCGGGAAGUCAGGAUAGUUGAUAAUGCUGUGAAUGUGGCUGGAGAAAGUUCUUCUCCGCUUGCUGAGCAGGCGAAACCUACUUCUCCUGGAAAUGGAAGAGUGAACGGGAAAGUAUAUAUCAGUAAAGCCCAAGAUGUUGUCUCAAAUGUGUUGGCGAAAGGUUCAGCUAUCAGACAAGAUGCAGUGAAUAAAGCCAAGGCAUUUGAUGAGAAACAUCAGUUAAGAGCCACUGCAUCUGCCAGAGUCAUUUCCUUUGACCGGAGGGUUGGGCUAACAGAAAAGCUUACUGUUGGAAUUUCUGUUGUAAAUGAGAAAGUUAAGUCUGUUGAUCAAAGGCUUCAAGUGUCAGAUAAAACGAUGGCUGCAGUUAUGGCAGCAGAACGGAAGUUGAAUGACACAGGAUCAGCGGUCAAGUCAAGCAGGUAUGUUAAUGCUGGAGCUGCCUGGCUGAAUGGUGCUUUUUCUAAAGUAGCUAAAGCAGGGCAAGUUGCUGGUACAAAAACAAGAGAAAAAUGGAAUUUUGCAUUGUCAAAUUUGACUGCAAAGGAUCCUUCUAUUAUUGCCUAGAUCAUAUGUGAAUGUAUGUUGGAGUUGCUAAGUUGCCUCUGUCAAAUAGCUUGGGGGGUCUGGUAUGCAGAUUGCAGCCAAAUUCAAGCAAGUUUCAUCUGUGGUGUAAUUCUUUUCAUUGUUUAUUGUGGAGUGGUGUGGUGAACACAGUGAUACGAAUUUGUGUAAUUCUUUUUGUUUGUAAGCUUUUAAAGUCGCGAUGGGUUAGGAGUUUGUAUUGGUAUCAUAUCUUUCGUGGUGAGGCCGAAUGUUAUUAGAAGGAAACAAAAAACUGACUCUGAGCUGAAGUCAAAAAGAUUUCAGAUAUGAUGUUUAUAUAUUACGAUAACAUCCAGUAUAUAUUCAACUCUUAAUUAGUCAA